UCAGACAGCGUUGCAACAGGUUGCUACGCUGUUAAUACGUGAGCUGGAUGUCACGUUGUAGACAGUCAAGGAAAUACAACAGCUGGAAAAACUCAACGGUCUGAAGAUAAUGGUUAAAGUGAUGUGGAUAUAAAGUCUUUGGUAUGAAAGACUGACACGAGUCCCAAAGAUGAGUGUUCAUGGGAAGGAAGACGGCAGAGCAGAGUCUCCAGUGUCCAGCUGUGUGUCUCUGAAGAGUGACCACUCCAGAGAGAGUCCUCUAGCCUUCAGUAAUGAACCUGGACCUUUCGACACAAAACUGACACGGGUCCCAAACAUGAGUGUUCAUGGGAAAGAAGAGAGCAAAGCAGAAUCCCCAGCGUCCAGCUGUGUGUCUCUGAAGAGUGACCAGUCCAGAGAGAGUCCUCUAGCCUUCAGCAAUGAACCUGGACCUUUCAACACAAAACUGAAACAAGUCCUAAAGAUGAGUGAUCAUGGGAAGGAAGAAGGCAGAGCACAGUCUCCAGUGUCCAGCUGUGUGUCUCUGAAGAGUGACCACUCCAGAGAGAGUCCUCUAGCCUUCAGUAAUGAACCUGGACCUUUCGACACAAAAGAGAGGAAAAGGACAAGUGUUGUUAUCAAGGACCAGCUGUCCUGCUGUGCUUUGUGCCAGGAGGUCCUGAGGGAUCCGGUCACUAUGAGAUGUGGCCACCGUGUCUGCAGGCAAUGCAUUGAUGCAUACUGGGAACAGUGUGAACCAACAGGAGAAUUCUCAUGUCCCCAGUGUGGAAAAAGAUCCAGAAAAAGUCCCGGACUGCAAACACCAAGUCAAACCAGCACUGAAACAAUGACUGGCUGCCUGCAGGAGGUUUUAGGCAAACACAAGAUCAGUCUUAGAAAGAAAUGUGAAUUUGCACUAGAAGGAACUGCUGAAGCAGGACAAAAAACCCACCUGAACAGGAUCUACACAGAGCUCUACAUCACUGAGGGACAGUGCGAAGGGGUUACUAUCCAACAUGAGGUGUGGCAGCUUGAGACGAUGUCCAAAACCCUGCAUGACACUCCAAUCAAAUGCCACGACAUCUUUAAGGUCUUACCUGGCCAAAAGAGAUUGAUCAGAGUGGUUCUGAUGAGUGGCAUUGCUGGCAUUGGAAAAACCUUCACAGUGCAGAAGUUUACUCUUGACUGGGCAGACGGCUUUGAAAAUCAAGAUGUUAGCGUUGUGAUUCUGCUUUCGUUCCGGGAGCUGAACUUGAUCAAAGAGGAGCAGUACAGUCUUCUCAGGCUGCUUCAAGACUUUGAUCCAUCAUUACACAUGGUCACAGCAGAAAUGCUUGCUGUCUGUAAAGUGCUGUUAAUCUUUGAUGGACUGGACGAAAGCAGACUUUUGUUGGACUUCCAGAACAAUGAUGUUGUAUCGGACGUCACACAGACAUCACCAGUUAACGUGCUGUUGACAAGCCUCAUCAAGGGGAAUCUGCUUCCCUCAGCUCUCCUUUGGAUCACUUCCAGACCUGCAGCAGUGAAUCAGAUCCCGCCUGCAUUUGUAGAUAGGGUAACAGAAGUACGAGGAUUCACUGACCCUCAGAAGGAGGAGUACUUCAGGAGGAGAUUCAAUAAUGAGUCACAGUCCGGCAGAAUCAUCUCACACAUCAAGGCAUCCAGAAGCCUCUACAUUAUGUGUCACAUCCCAGUUUUCUGUUGGAUCACUACUACAGUUCUGGAGCAUAUGAUGAUGACAGAACAAAAAGAGUUGCCCAAGACUCUGACUGAGAUGUACUCCCAUUUCCUGCUGGUUCAGACCAAGAGGAAGACACAGAAGUAUAAUAAUGGGCAUGAGCAGACAGACAGAGAUGUCCUUCUGAAGUUGGGAAGACUUGCAUUCGAACAUCUGGAAAAAGGGAACAUCAUGUUCUACCAAGAAGACUUGGAGCGGUGUGGUCUUGAUCUCAGGGAAGCCCUUUUCUCAGGACUUUGCACAGAGAUCUUCAAGAGAGAGCGUGUACUCUUUCAGAAGCUGAUUUACUGCUUUGUUCAUUUGAGUAUUCAGGAGUUUCUCGCUGCGGUCUACAUGGUCCACUGUUACCUCAACAAGAACAUAGAAGUACUGGCGACAUUCUUGGGGGAAGAUAGCAAAAAUAGCAGUGACCCAGGUCUGGAUAACUUCCUCAGUAGAGUUGUAGACAAAGCUCUGUACAGUGGAAAUGGCCAUCUGGACCUCUUUGUUCGCUUCCUUCACGGCCUGUUAUUGGAGUCCAAUUGUAGUCUCUUAGGAGGUCUGCUGGGUUGGGAAGUGAGCAGUCCAGAAAGCAUUCAAAGAGCAAUAAACAACCUGAAGAAGAUGAAUGCUUAUGAUAUCUCCCCUGACAGAAGCAUCAAUGUCUUCCACUGUUUGAUGGAGAUGAAUGACCACUCAGUACAUCAGGAGAUCCAAGAGUACCUGCAAUCAGAGAACAGAUCGGAGAGGAAACUCACUAAGACCCAUUGCUCAGCUCUUGCCUACAUGCUGCAGAUGUCAGAAGAGGUUCUAGAUGUGUUGGACCUGAAGAAGUACAACACAUCAGGUGACGGAAGACGGAGAUUGCUCCCAGCUGUGAGAAACUGCAGAGACGCUCGACUCUCUGGCUGUGGACUCUCUGAAUGUCAUUGUGAAGUCCUGUCCUCAGCUCUGAUGUCCAACCCCUCCCAUCUGCGACAGCUGGAUCUCAGUGAAAAUGACUAUUUGUUGGAUUCAGGAGUGAAUCUGCUGUCGGUUGGACUGGAGAGUCCAAACUGCAGACUGGAGAUUCUAAGAUUGAAGAACUGCAGUUUGUCAGAAAGUUGUUGUGGUUCUCUGGCAUCAGCCCUGAAAUCCAGCUCCCAUCUGAGAGAACUGGAUUUAAGUAACAACAACUAUCUUAAGGACUCAGGGGUGAAGCUACUGUCUACUGGGUUGGAGAGUCCACACUGUAGACUGGUGACACUGAGAUUAAGUUGCUGCAGGCUGUCGGAGAGCUGCUGUGCAUAUCUGGCCUCAGCUUUGAAGUCCAACCCCUCCCAUAUGAGAGUGCUAGACCUGAGUAAAAACAAACUGAAGGAUUUAGGAGUAAAUCGGCUGUCUGCUGCAUUGGAGAUUCCUCACUGUGGACUGACGACUCUGAGACUUGAUAGAUGUGGGCUGACGGAGAACUGCUGUACCUCUCUGGCCUCAGCUCUUAAGUCUGACCCCUCCAGCCUGAGAGACUUAGAACUGAGUAAUAACGACCUGCAGGAUUCAGGAGUGAAUGUGCUCUGUGCUGGACUGCAGGAUCCACACUGUAGACUGGAAGCUCUGAGAUUGAGGUGCAGCUGGUUGUCAGAGGGUUGUUGUGCUCCUCUGGCCUCUGCUUUAAUGUCUGAAUCCUCCCACCUGAGAGAGCUUGAUGUAAGUGAAAAUGAUCUACUGGAUUCAGGAGUGAAGCUGCUGUCUGCUGGAUUGGAGAGUCCGCACUGUAGACUAGAGAAUCUGAGAUUGAUGUGUUGUCGGGUCACAGAUGAAGGUUGUGUUUCUCUGGCCUCAGCGCUCAAGUCCAACCCUUCUAGUCUGAGAGAACUGGACCUAAGUAAAAACAACCUAAAGGUUUCUGGAGUUAAGCUGCUGUCUGAAGUCCUGGACAGUCCACACUGUAGACUGGAGACUCUCAGAAUGGAAGAAAUGGAGUGAACUUUGAUUGCAUCCAUCUGACCAAAAUGCUUCUCAUCGCUGGCCGUGACAUGUUGCUGCAGACUCUGGGGCUGCCACAUUCAGCACAUCACUGCAACACUGCAGCUGUGUUUUACUACAAUCAGAUAUAGGACAUGAUUUUCUACUGACUGUCCAACUGUUCGCCCUAUUUGAAAAGUACAAUCUCUUCAGUUUGUGCCUGCAGAAGUCACUGCACAGUGAUACUGCAAGCACAGCGAUACUCACUGAUAGUUGUGGCAGUUUUUUUCCUUAAAGCACAAAACCACAAUAAAGCAUGACUUAAUACCCACCAGGCAUUUCUGUUCAUUAGUCGGCAUUUAAGCAUCUUCAUAGGUCAUGGCUACAUUUUAGUGCUAAAUGUACAACAGAUGUUCUGCACAAGUUUUGUUUAUUUAAAAGGGAAAAGAUAAAACUGGGAUGAAUCUUGUUUUAAAUGUUUGCACAGUCAGUUUGUAUAACACUUUAAAUGUUUUUACAGCUAUAUGUAUAGAAUAUUUCAUAAAUGUGAUGUCUUAUUUUAAAGGUGCAAUGUGUAGGAUUUAGUAGCAUCUAGCAGCGAGGUUGCAGAUUGCAACUAAUUGGCUCCGUGGCUCUAGAGAGGGGAGCCCCUCUCUGGUUUUGCUGGUAUUUAAUGGCUAAAAACAUUGACAACCUGAACACUAACCUGAAUUUAUCCAGUCUGCUUUGAACUGUAUUUGUAAUAACAUUAAGAGCUAAUUUUAGAGGUUACAUCUUACCAACACCCAGAACAAUGUGCAAAAUGUGUGGAAUACUGUAACUUACAUUUAUAAAUGUAUGUACAUUUGAAUAAAGUGAACUGUCAGAGUUGUUUGGUUUAAGUAA